CAAAUAUUUACCCUAGAGUUGUUGCCUCCUAUCGUUUUUACCCUGGGACUAACAUUACUGGUCAGUGCUGUGGCUGCAAGGCUCCCCUUAACAGAAGACCUGCACCAAAGAAUGUGGAUAAACCUUUUGUAAGACAGCACAAACGUUAGUCCUACAUCAAAAGAUGGAAGUGCAGGAUCGGGAGUCUCUGGGGAGAUGGGAAGGGCUCGGCAGCCGGGAUGCCAGCUCCAGAACUGAAGCCAUGGAGAACAUCCGCCAGGACGUCAUGAGGAGAGUGGAGACCAUCAGGCCCAUUUCAACAAUGGCCCCCUCAUGCCCAGCCUCGAAAAGCCCUCCUAAAAGCGACCUGAAUGACAUCCUGGCUCACGUCCUCAUGCUCACUAAACGGUGCCCCUUUGACGACGUCAAGGAGCAAUGUGUCCGGCUUCUACAGGGCGUCCAGGACUUGGGAGUUAGAAUCCCAAGACCCUUAGGAAACGGACCAAGCAGAUUUAUCCCUGAAAAAGAGAUUCUGGAAGUCAGUAAAGUGGACGCCAGGACACAGUCAAUAUUUGAGGAUGCGUUUGCAGCCCUCGGUCGCCUCGACAACAUUUCUCUGGUGAUGGGCUUCCACCCACAGUACCUGGGGAGCUUUCUCCGGACGCAGCACUACCUGCUGCAGAUGGAUGGGCCCCUCUCUUUGCACUACCGACACUACAUCGGCAUCAUGGCGGCAGCUAGACACCAGUGUUCCUACUUGGUCAACCUCCACGUGAAUGACUUCCUCCAGGUCGGGGGGGAUCCCAAGUGGCUUAACGGCCUAGAUGAAGCCCCGCAGAAGCUCCAGCAGCUCGGGGAGCUCAACAAAAUCCUGGCCCACCGACCAUGGCUUCUCACCAAGGAACACAUUGAGCGUCUUCUGAAGGCAGAAGAGCACAGCUGGUCCCUCGCAGAGUUAAUCCACGCCGUGGUCCUUCUCACACACUACCACUCCCUCGCCUCCUUCACUUUUGGCUGCGGCAUCACGACCGAGAUCCACUGCGACGGCGGGCACACUUUCAGACCCCCCUCCCUCAGCCAGUACUGUGUCUGUGACAUUGCCAAUGGCAACGGUCAUGCUAUUCAUCACGACGAUUCGCUUGGCAACCAGGAGAUGUGCGGCGAGGUGGAGGUGCUGAUGGAGCGCAUGAAACAGCUGCAGGAGUGCCGUGACGACGAGGAGGCGAGCCAGGAGGAGAUGGCGACUCGCUUUGAGAGGGAGAAGACGGAGAGCAUGCUGGUGGUCACAGCAGAGGACGAGGAGUGUGUCCCUUCCAGAGACAUCUCCCGACACUUUGAGGACCCCAGCUAUGGCUACAAGGACUUCUCCAGGAGGGGGGAGCACGUGCCCACAUUCAGAGUGCAGGACUACAGCUGGGAGGAUCACGGCUUCUCUCUGGUGAACCGGCUGUACCCUGAUGUUGGUCAGAUGCUGGACGAGAAGUUCCAGAUGGCCUACAAUCUGACGUACAACACCAUGGCAACACACAAGGAUGUGGACACCAGCAUGCUGCGCAGGGCCAUCUGGAACUACAUCCACUGCAUGUUCGGCAUCAGGUAUGAUGACUAUGAUUACGGGGAGAUAAAUCAGCUUCUGGACCGUAGCUUUAAAAUCUAUAUCAAGACUAUGGUGUGUAGUCCUGAGAAGACCACCAAACGAAUGUAUGAGAGCUUCUGGAGGCAGUUUCAGCACUCCGAGAAGGUCCACGUGAAUCUGCUUCUUAUGGAAGCGCGAAUGCAGGCGGAACUGUUAUACGCUCUGAGAGCGAUCACCCGCUACAUGACAUGAAGUGCUUUUGGCGUUUUUAUCGUUGUCUUUUUACUGUCUUUGUCGUUGCUCAUAAUGGGACACUUCAAGAAAAAGAAAAAAAAAGGAAAGUUGGGGAAACGUGAGAAGCCCUGGGUUGUGACGGUGCUUGUUGGAUGGAUGUUGAGAAGAGGAUCAGAACAAAUUUAAAGAAAAUAACUGAAGAAAGUCAUCUCAGACUGGAUACACAAGCUUGUGUUGCCUGCAGUGCCAAAACUGACCAAGCGAGGGCCGCCUGGAGCAAACUCCUGCUCUGCUCCGGAGUUUGUUUCAGGCCUAAAGCAUCCAGGGAGAGGUUUCAGUGAUCCAGCAUAUCUCUUCUGUCUCCUGGUAGAGUGAAGACCCACAGAAAAUCCCAGAAAGCUGUGCAGCCAGAAACAGUCUGCACUUUGAUUCUGGUGUCACUGUUAUAUUUGUUAGUUUCUUCAAUAAGUUUUUAUUUCAUUUUGUAUUAAGGGAAGUUGUUGUCGAUGUGGUUGCUUUUAGUGGUAACUGGAGAUGGAAGCAUAAACUUUGGGCGUUUUUUUUCCUUCUUUUUUUUUAUACGUGUGCCUGAACUAUCCAGCACAGUGUGCAUACGUGCUGAUGCUGCUGCUCCCAUGUUGUAUUCAGCGGGGUCAUAUUGAUCCCCAAAUCAACCAACCAACCCCGUUUUAUCCCCUAUGACCCUAUCCAUUAGAAAUCCACUGCAUUAACCCCACCCUCGUCCUCUACCCCCAUCCCGUAUCUCAAAUGUCAAUGUAAGCUAAUCUAAGGAGUGAGUGAAAACCCAGAGGCGUGUGGAAAAAAACUCAAAGAACACUGUCUGAGCCCUUUCUUGAGUUUGAGUGUAAGCGUGUGGAUGAGUUCUGUGUUCAUGAUGACUGAGGUGUGGAUGUGUGUGCGUGUUUCCCAGAAAUGACGGAGAAAAAAAAAAGUUUGUCUUUAACUUUCAUGUGUCAAAAAAAAAAAGCGAGGCACUUUGAAGGAACGACUUCUUGCUUCUGCUGUAGCUCUGUUAUUGUGAGAUGACUGUUUUAUCAUUUGUUUUUGAUGUUUUGUUUUUUCUGGUAACGGGGGGGGGGGGUGACGUAAAAAGAAAAAGCUAAUCAAAAAGAAAGUUAGAAACCAGGAUUCCAGGGGGGAUUUGCUUCCGGUUGCCCUGACCACACAUUAUCUGUCUUCCGCUUAUCCCAGCUGCCUGGUCAUCCUAACACUUUCGAAGCUUUGGAUUGUGAAUUUACCAGUAAAUGAAUACCUCUUCUGUUUUUUCUCUAUAAUACUUAUAAGAAGUGCUCUUUGGUGAGCAGACUCUUUCCGGGUGCCGUGUUCCCCUUUGUUUGGGGACCCGGGGGCCCACACAGGGCCUACUGCGCUCGAUUUUAGCUGUCGAACGCAAAAAGGUUGUAGCUGUGCUUAUUUCCCUGCUGGGGAAGUCUAACCAGUGCAAAAGAAGCUUUUUUUAUUUUGAACAGAGGUGUGAAGCCUCUGCUGUUUUGUUUUUUGUUUACUAAAACCAGUAAAGUACUGCAUUCUUCUGAGGGUGGAUUGAGAGUCAGACAGAUGAAUGAGUGAAAAGGAGGAGGACGGUGAUGAUGAUAAAAGAAUGGUACAUUUGGAAGUGGUUUGAGAGGAAGUGGAGGGAUUUUUUCUUUCAAACUUCUGACUGAUGUCAGUUACUGACAAUUUUAUAUGAAAAUAUAUUAAAAAGAUGAAAAAAAUAAAACAAACUAUGAUAUUGAAUUGUUGUGUAUCAUUCGUAGAUUUCUCCUAAACAAUUUGAUUUCACUGCUUUAUCGAGGAGAUUAUAGUAGAUGUGGAGAGGCUGACACAAUUCAGGAAUCAAAACACUCAGCACAAUCAGCAUCAGCUCAUCUAAUUGUUUGAGUUUAGAAAGUGAAAUAAUGGUGAGAUGACUCAUGAGAAAACGUGGGGAGUUCUUCCGUCAUCUUAUGCUCCAAAGUACACUCAGUUGUUUGGUAAUAAAGCUUCAUCAACAAUGAGCUGAACUCAGCCAGUCAUCAGAAAGGUCCCGGGACUUUUCUUUCAGUGAAUGACUCACUGAGAACCAGAUCCCUGCUCGGUGGAGCCGUCAAGGUCAAAGUCUCUCUUUGCUUCUGACCAAUAAUUGGGAUCAAGAUAAGGGGGAAUCCCUUGCAGGAAACUUCACCUAUCUUUUCUAUUUCCUCCGCAUCACCUCACUGGGAAAAACCUUCAUUUUCCUGGUGAGGCCUGUUGUCUGUCUGAAGUUCAGGGUGUUUCUUAUCGAGGCCUGUGUGUUUAUUCUCACUCACCAGAGAAACUCAGUGUUAUCAUAAACUGCCUUCACUUUUUGGGUGGUUUCCUCCAGUUGAUAAAUGGAAAAGGAAACCUUGGUGUCAGCCAGCCAGCUGUCUUUCAUAUCAACCUGAGAAACUUUAUGUGGAGAACAAUGCUUGCUAUUAGCUUUGGCUAAUGAACCGUUUGGCGUUUUUUGAAACAUCGGCUUGUCUUGUGGUUGUUUAAAGGUCUCUUUAGUGUGAAAACUGGGGGAAAUGACAAUAUGGGUUUUUACAUUAAGUGCCGUUUCUGAUUUGUUUCGAUGUAAUAACGAUGUGAUUUUGAAAUGCUGUACUUUAGGCUACUUGGUGUAACUUGUAAGCACUGCCUGGCCCCAUAUCUGUGUAAUAAAAAAGGCUAUGAGAAGCAAA